AUGCUAAUAAAACAAAACGAGGUAAAAGAAAUGGCGAGCUCCGAAGCUCUCUUGCCUGUACUAUUCAGAGAAGAACCAUUAUCUCAUUCAAGAUCAGAGUCGAUGCCAGAAACCCACCGGAGACGACCCAUCAAAGUCCAUCUCGCCGUCAUCUUGCUCCUGAUCGCUUUGUACGUCACCCUCAUUGUCACACACGAUGGAUCCGCACGUGACACCGCAAAUGAAAAAGCCGAUGAGUCACGUGUUCGUUUGUCCGGCUUGUCGGAGAAGAGCAACGUCCAGGAAACGGAAGCGUUCCCGUGGAACAAUACUGUGUUAUCGUGGCAACGAACGGCGUUUCAUUUCCAGCCUGAGAAAAAUUGGAUGAACGGUCCAUUGUUUUAUAAGGGAUGGUAUCAUUUGUUCUAUCAUUAUAACCCAAAUGGAGCCGUGUGGAGUGACAUUGUUUGGGGUCACGCCGUUUCAAAGGACCUUAUCCACUGGCUUCACCUCCCAUUAGCCAUGGUUCCUGACCAAUGGUACGACGCUACCGGCGUCUGGACCGGUUCGGCUACUUUCCUCGAUGAUGGUUCUCUUGUCAUGCUCUACACCGGUUCCACCGACAAAUUCGUACAGGUUCAAAAUCUUGCCUAUCCUGAGUAUCCUAGCGACCCACUUUUGUUGAAAUGGACCAAGUUCUCUGGCAACCCGGUUCUCGUACCGCCUCCAGGAAUCGGCGAAAAGGACUUCCGUGACCCGACAACAGCUUGGAAAACAUCAGCCGGAAAAUGGCGGAUCACGAUCCGUUCCAAGGUCAAUAGAACCGGAAUAUCUCUUGUUUAUGACACAACCGAUUUCAAAACUUACGAGAAGCUAGAUACUUUGUUGCACCAAGUCCCUGAUACCGGAAUGUGGGAGUGCAUUGACUUUUACCUGGUGUCCAAGACUGAAGAGAAUGGGCUUGACAGUUCGGUCAACGGACCGGAUGUGAAACAUAUCAUCAAGGCUAGCAUGGACGAUACUAGGAUCGAUCAUUAUUGCCAUUGGGACACGUUUUACGAUCAACAUAAGAGACGACGAAUUUUAUGGGGUUGGAUCGGUGAGUCUGACAGUGAAGCUGCUGAUGGCAUUCCACGAACUGUUGUCCUGGACACGAAGACGGGGAAGAACUUAGUACAAUGGCCAGUUGAGGAAAUCGAACUUUUGAGACUAAACAGCAGUAAAUUCGACAUGAAGGUUGAACCAGGGAUGGUGGUUCCGGUCGAUGUGGGUCCCGCGGCUCAGCUAGACAUAGAGGCUGAGUUCGAGAUAAAAAAAGAAGAUGUUGAAAUGGUCCCUGGAGACGACUCCGUGGAGGCAGAGGAUGAUUUCAGCUGCGAAACCAGCCGAGGCUCCACCGUGAGCGGUGCUUUAGGGCCUUUCGGAUUCUCGGUUCUUUCUGACGAAAGCUUAUCGGAACAAACUCCGGUUUAUUUCUAUGUGUCGAAGGGAAAAGAUUCUAAACUUAAUACUUUCUUCUGCACUGACACCUUAAGGUCGACCAUGGCAAACGAUGCGGUGAAAUCAAUAUACGGAAGCUUCGUACCAGUCCUGAAAGGGGAGAAAUUGACUAUGAAAAUUUUGGUGGAUCACUCAAUAGUAGAAGGAUUCGGACAAGGUGGGAGAACAUGUAGUACGUCUAGGGUUUUUCCGACAAAAGCAAUCUACGGAGCUACGAAGCUCUACUUGUUCAACAACGCCCUUAAUGCGACCGUUACGGCGUCGUUUAAGGUCUGGCAAAUAAACAGUGCAAAUAUUCAUCAUUACUCUGCCGACGAUCUCGGUGCCCUUCUUCUCGCACCUGAUUUUUUUUACAAAUUGAACAUUGUUCCUUCUCGGUGAUGUUGAUUUUCUUUUACUUUGGGUUUUGCAUUUUGAGGCGUUCGACGGUUUAUGUGUUUAUUAGAAGCUUCGGACAUAAUUGUAACAUUAUCGUUCUUAUUAUCUUUAAUCUUAGAGUUCCUGUUCAAGCA